AUGGAGAAGAAACCGUCUACGUCGACAGCUCCGGCAUCGAGACCUGCCUCCGAUGUCGACCGCCCGAUACCGAAGCCCUCGACAUCGAAGACACAAUCGUCCGCCUCUACACCAAUAGAGAAGAAGGCUAAGGCGAGUAAAAAAGAAGAGUGUGUGAUUUGCAGAGUUCCGUGUCGUACAAUAAUACUUUCAAGAGAGAUGAAUUCAGAUAUACAGUCACUGUUUAUGGGAAUAGAUGGGUUGUGCAGAAAAUAUUCCAAAGAAGUCUCACAAAUUUCACAAUUCCAGGAAAAACACAGAGGGCAUUUAUUAACUUACUUCAAGGGAAAGAUUACAAAAUUGGAUGGAUAUUGGAAAGCAACACAGCAUGUGCAGCAUACACAAUAUCAGCAACACGGGGACUCAUCGAUGGAAGUAGAUUACAUACCACCUUCAGUGAGAAAAAUUGAACCAGUGGCUGGAUCAAGAAUAUCGUUGAUAAGCCCGCCUCAGAAUGGACAUAUGGGUAGUGUUCCCUGCAGAAGUUCUCGAUUGUCUGGACUGGCUUUAUGUCAAAACAGUACGUCGGAGUCUGUAAGGUCAACACCAUUAAGAAUGCCAAGUAGAGAAACUCCUUACAUGUCCCAGAUUGGAUCAUCACAAAAUAAUAAAAUCAGCAUACCAGAUGCUUUUGGAUUGCGAACUCCUCAGCAUUAUCAAAAUAUACCAACAUCUUCACUCCCAGUGGUUACAAGAUGCCCCAUCAGUCUUGCUGAUCUUUUACAGAAGCAACAUUUAGCGCAGGCGACAUCGAGGGAAGCAGAGAGGAGAACUGGUCGCUUGGAACAUGAGGCAUCCAAGAAGCUCAGCCUGCCAGCAGUGGAUGACCCUAUCAACAGUCUGGUAUCUACUUCAGUGCUUCCCGUGGGAGCGGAUGGCCUUCUGAAAGAUAACAGCGACAAGCGUAUUGAGCAAAUGCUGAGAAGAGAUUUUGAGGCAUCUGCAAACGCUCUCAGAGCCUCAGUUUUGGGAUCCUUGUUCGCUAGAGCAGCCUAUGCAUGGGCUUCAGAUCUGGCCAAGACCGAUAGUGGUAUCCCAAAGGACCUGAAAGAUGAAUUUUAA